CGGAAAACCGAGGUAGAUUGACACAAUUGGCACAACGCGAGCGUAGCCCUGGGGAUUUGGUUCGGAAACGAGCAAAUCGGUAUUUGGUGCAUCGUGCAUCAGAAAAGAUUUCAAAAUGAAAGUGCCCUCGUGAUAUCGUUCACGAGAACCUUGUGUGUCGCAUUUGAAGCGUGGUUUCGUUGCCGAGCACGAUAGCAUUCGGCAUGUGACAUCAUGCUAUAGUUGUAACCAUAUCGAAAAAAACGAAGCUGAAACGCGUAUCAAGAUCUUUGUUUAUUACACGCCAACUGAAAAAUUAUCUACACUGUGUAGAAAUACGACCAACCUCGUCGAACGCACGACACAAACUUCGCAUUCGUCAUACAGUAUUGGAGAAGAUUAGGGGACUUAGUGCAGGCACGUUCCAGAGCUGUGGUGGUUGGUGAAUGGUGUUGCAGAUAGACUCGGUGUGGGGUUGGGCGUCACCCCCACUGCGCCUUCAGCUAGGGGGGUCGAGGGGCGCCUCGGGGAGAGCGACCGCGGGCGCCCCAUCCUCGCAGAGGAUGGGUGAAAUGGUUGUGGAACGCGCGCCUUCUCCAGCCCGUCUCAGCCAUACCUCUGAGAAGCACCCUCGUGCUACGCUCACGGAACUCAACGUCCUCCGUCGUCAUCGAGAACUUUGCGAUGUCGUACUUAAUGUUGGCUCUAGAAAGAUAUUUGCCCACCGUGUUAUUCUAUCAGCGUGUAGUCCGUACUUCAGAGCAAUGUUUACUGGGGAGUUGGCGGAAUCUCGACAAACUGAAGUCACGAUUCGUGAUAUAGAUGAAAUGGCAAUGGAAUUAUUAAUAGACUUCUGUUACACUUCUCACAUCAUCGUCGAAGAAGCGAAUGUUCAAACUCUCCUUCCAGCAGCGUGCCUUCUCCAGCUAGCAGAAAUUCAAGAUAUAUGUUGCGAGUUUCUCAAACGCCAACUCGACCCCUCUAAUUGUCUAGGUAUACGAGCGUUUGCGGACACUCAUUCUUGUCGGGAACUCCUACGAAUCGCGGACAAAUUCACACAGCACAAUUUUCAAGAAGUAAUGGAAAGUGAAGAAUUUCUGUUAUUACCUGUUGGUCAAUUAGUAGAUAUUAUUUCCUCGGACGAACUAAACGUACGAACAGAGGAACAAGUAUUCAGCGCGGUUAUGAAUUGGGUUAAAUACAAUGUUACUGAGAGGAGGCAGCAUUUGGCACAAGUUCUUCAGCAUGUACGGUUACCUCUCCUUAGUCCAAAAUUUUUAGUUGGAACUGUUGGGUCUGAUCUUUUAGUACGGUCUGAUGAUGCGUGUAGAGACCUAGUGGAUGAAGCAAAGAAUUACUUGCUGCUUCCGCAAGAGAGACCGUUAAUGCAAGGUCCUAGAACACGCCCUAGGAAACCAACUAGACGCGGUGAAGUAUUGUUCGCCGUUGGGGGAUGGUGUUCUGGCGAUGCAAUCGCGAGCGUGGAAAGAUUCGACCCUAACACCGCAGAUUGGAAAAUGGUCGCGCCGAUGAGUAAACGGCGAUGCGGUGUUGGUGUAGCAGUACUGAAUGACUUGUUGUAUGCGGUGGGCGGUCACGAUGGACAAAGUUAUUUAAAUAGUAUCGAACGAUAUGAUCCACAAACGAAUCAGUGGUCCUGCGAUGUGGCACCAACAACAUCUUGCAGAACAAGUGUAGGUGUUGCGGUAUUGGAUGGGUUCCUUUAUGCAGUGGGUGGUCAGGAUGGUGUCCAGUGUUUAAAUCACGUUGAAAGGUAUGAUCCUAAGGAGAAUAAAUGGUCAAAAGUAUCGCCAAUGACCACCAGAAGGCUUGGAGUUGCUGUAGCUGUGUUAGGCGGUUAUUUAUAUGCCAUCGGCGGGUCUGAUGGUCAGUCGCCUUUAAAUACAGUAGAAAGAUAUGAUCCAAGGCAAAAUAAGUGGUUUCAAAUAUCUCCUAUGUCUACAAGACGUAAGCAUUUAGGCUGUGCUGUAUUUAAUAAUCUAAUUUAUGCCGUUGGCGGUCGAGACGACUGUAUGGAACUCUCGAGCGCAGAACGGUACAAUCCUCAUACAAAUUCAUGGAGUCCGAUAGUUGCUAUGACAUCAAGGAGAAGCGGGGUAAGUUAA